UGAAUGCGCAAUGUUAAACUAAGGAAGGAAGAAGAGGAAUACAUAUAGCUACGAAAGUCGGGAAAAAUCGCUAAACAUUUCUUUUCAUAUAUUUAUUGAAUGGUUCAACAUUUAUUUAGAGUAAAUUUAAGAACCAUGAACAGCGUUAAAAAAUCCAAGCAAUCCCUAGCAACAAAUAAAUCAAAGAUCAAAAAAAAUCGAACCCAAAUCCCACAAAUUACAGAGGCGAUGAAAGUUGAUAACAAUAUCAAUUCUAUUACUGAAAAGCUUGAAGUUAACGGCAAAGCAGGCCGAAAAGCAAACGAUGAUGAAAUUUUGGAUAUGGAAGAAAUGAGUUCGUCUACUUAUGCAAAAACUAGAUUAAGAACUAAAAAAAAAUCAGACGAAUUAGAAAAAGGCGGCAAAGUGCACAACAAUCCUUCUGUAAUAGACCUAAAACAGUUAGAUGAAGAACCGGAAAAAGUAAUCAACUCUAAAAAACCCAAAGGUAUAAAUGAACUUACGGGGGCUAGUUCAAGCAAAAAAAUCAAAAAAGAAACCGAUGAAGUAAACUGGGAGCCGAAGGAUUGGCGGGAGAUUUUAGAAAACAUACGUUUAAUGCGUUUGAAGGAUAAUGCUCCUGUGGACACAAUGGGUUGUCAUAAAUGUGCUGAUGAGAAUGCUGACGAAAAGACUCAAAGAUUUCAUAAGCUAGUCGCUCUUAUGUUAUCAAGUCAAACCAAAGAUGAGACCACGUAUCAUGCCAUGUUAAGAUUGAAAGAACAAACUCUUAUUCCCGAGACGAUAGUUAAUAUGAAAUUAAAUACUUUGGAGAAUAUGCUCCAUCCUGUUUCAUUUUAUAAGAAUAAAGCGAAGUAUUUGCAACAAACUUCAAAAAUUCUAGUGGAGAAUUAUGGCUCUGAUAUACCCAAUAAUAUUAAAGAGUUAGUAGCCUUGCCUGGUGUUGGACCUAAAAUGGCUCAUAUUUGUAUGUCUACCGCUUGGCAACAAGUCACUGGCAUUGGUGUAGAUGUUCACGUGCAUCGCAUUUGCAAUCGUUUAAAUUGGGUGCCGAAAGCCACUAAAGAACCCGAGCAGACGCGCUUAGCUCUAGAAGCCUGGUUACCGCAACAAUUGUGGGGUGAAGUGAAUCAUCUAUUAGUAGGCUUCGGACAAACCGUCUGUACUCCGGCAAAACCAAAAUGUGAAAAUUGCUUAAAUAAUAAUAUUUGUCCUUCAGCGCCAAAGAGUGCCAAAAAUAUCAAUAAAAAUGAAAACAAUGAAAUUAAUCCGCAAUUAGCUGAACUCUUGAAUAAAGCCGAGUUCAAAAAAUCAAAAACUAUAUUAAAAAAUUGUUAAGGUAUAAUACAUAAAAAUAAAAGGAAAUCUUUAUACUCUCACGCGUUACAUGCGUAACAUUAAUACACAAUUUCUUAAGGAUCCUA